AUGGCAGCGGGUAAAACAAAAAGCAUCGAUGAAAUCGAUGACAUAGGGGAGAUGUUUGAAGUGAUGGCGGCGCUUGACAUUCCUUCGAAAGGGUUGCAUACGCUGCAAGAUAUGAAAGAUCGAGUAAAAACGGCUAUAAUAAACCAGUCUUCAAAAUCACCCAGUUGGAAUGCAGGCCAGGUAAGAAUUUGCUAUUCCUCAUUUCCGUUUGUCAUUUGCGCGUUGCACUGUUUGACAUGAGCGUAAUAUUUUGCUUCAUGCCCAUUCGUUUGCAUUGCUCAUUAUUAAAGCGAUUAAGAGUACGGCUUUGGAAUUUUGAGCUUCUUGUAUUCACAACAAUAAUUGUCAGUACUGUGCAAAAAUAGUGAGAGCGAAAUUUGCCGAAUUUCGUCCUUAGUUCUCGGCAGUCGCGAAAAUUCGACGAAAGUUCGCCACGAAAAUUUCGUUAAACGCCUGCGAAUUUUCGCUAAGUCAAACGAAAUUUCGCUGUCUUGCAUCCGCUCAAGCAAUUCGUAUAGCCGAAAUUUCGUCGGAGCGAAAAAUCUCACCCGAGAAAUUGUGCCACACAUGUAGUGAGGUACAUGAGUUUCACUGACUGGUUUGAAAACUAUUACUCGUGCUCCUGCGAUCUCGUACUCGAGUCGUUGUCCAAUUUAAAGAACAUCGCUUAAGGUUCCUGGCUGAUUGCACAUCCAUUGGAAACUUCGGUUAUUCGUUACUUGAAUGCGUAGCUGAUCAAUUAUCCUUAAAUUUAUCAUAUACAUGACUGCGAAAUCAUUUACAUGGGAAAGACAGUACUAGCUGACAUUUGCUUCCUGCAAGCCGAUAUAACAUCCCGUUUAUGGCGGACUUAGCUUUUGCUUAUUUUGUUUGCGAAGAACCAGAGACCUGCAGUAUGCGUAUAACUAAUAAAUAGGGGAAAUGAUCAUUCUUUCUAGAAAACUGAGGACUAAAUAAUGCCUGAUAUUUCGUUUUAGUUUCUAAGAAGUUUAGGUUUUGCGUGCUACUCGAUUACAUUUGACAUUUCAUUCUUUACUCAAAAUCUGAUAUCAAAUGGCACAUUCAUUUACUAAUGCGUUAUUCCUCAAUAUCUAAUGCAAAAGUCUAGUACCUUUAAGAUCCUUUAACAGAAAAUGGAAACUAAAAAUCUUAAGCGCUCAGUACGACUAUACGACAGCGCACCUAUCCCGGGAGCUCCUUAGAUCGCUGUUGCUUUUCUUCUUCUUUGUUUGAUAUACGCAUCAACGCAGGCUGAGUUGUUUACUGAUGCGUGGAAAAAGGCAAAACAUCAUGAGCGUCAUCUCCUUGUUUCCGAGGUGACACAACUGUACUUGAAGAAUGUCGAAUAACGCAUGAAGAUUAUAAAUAUCACAUACCAGUCAAGCUCUAACAACUUGUCAGUUUAAUUUUAUUCUGAACCGACUUCAGCAAUUCACUAACAACAAUGUUUGCAAGGUUGCCAUCAAAACAACAUCUGGUUUGUCGACUGUAAACGACAAUGAAACUAAAAACGACAUUGAAACUGAAUUUUGAAGCUUGAGAAAAAUAUCUUAAAAACAGCGAAAAAUAAAGAGAUAGAUACAAGAAUGAUUGCGUCAUUCUGAUAUCCAAACACCAUGAAAUUAAGCUAUGACUUUUUGUUUAUUAACUGAUGUUGCAUUAUUUCUGGGGCUGAUAAAUUGGUUAUAAUUCAUUUUUGUUUGUCUUGUUUUUGUUUUUUUGAACUUUUUUCUCUAGGCGUUUUCCAUCUUAACAGAUGCACAAGAAGAUGAUAAAACGAAAAAAACAAUUUUGCUGAGUCUUUACACUGAAGCCGAGAAAUUACUUGAUAAACUGGACCCCAAAAUUCGCGCCCUGCUAAAGCAGAGUGUAGGUAAUUUAGAGGGGAAGAUGGAAAAUCACAAACUGCAACUGACACGAAAAGAAUACUUUGUGCUUGUGGCAGGUCAGAAUCACUUAUCUUAA